AUGAAAAUUUCAAAAUGGAGAAAGCUUCUUGUGAGUGUCUCUCUGGCGAAGUGCCGCUUGAGAUGACUUUUCAACGUCCAAAGGACAUAUGUCAAAAUCCCGUUUUUCGGUAUACAGGACCGCCUCGGGCGCUAUGUCUGGGAAAUUCAAGGAAUCUUAACGUGGUUUUUGCCUUAUCGCUCAUCAAUGAAAGAUCAGACUACUUUGGAAAUGUAGGUUCUUUUCUCCUGAUCACUCUUUAGAUUUUUCCUGAUAUCAAAUCUCAUGAAAGUUUUGACGCUUUGUCAAGCUACGCUGGAAUAUUCAAAGCAAGAUUUUGGAUUGACGGAGCUUGGACCGAGGUUGUUGUUGAUGAUUUGUUGCCGUGCCUAAAUGGUAAAAUCAUCUGUCCUCACUCAUCUCGCGCCGACGAGUUCUGGCCGUCCAUACUCGUUAAGGCAUAUGCUAAGUAAGUCGUCCCAAAACUCCUAUUUUUAUGAGUUCUAAAUGAUAUAUCCCUUCUAAGUUGCUGGACAAGGAGUUUUUUGUUCCAGAAAGAGUUGCGGGGUUAGGAUUUUGCACACAAAUCGUGUGUCCAUCUGGGACGCGCUGCGCCUCAUAUUUUGAAGAUCCUUAGUGCUUCCGUACGAGACAAGAUCAUGAUCGUUUCUCUUGGCAGCGCGCUGUUUAUUUCCUGCGUAAUCUAUGGACAAACUUCUCUUUGUGAUUUGACCGCUGUUGUGGGAAUAUGGAAUUCCAUUGAGACUGUUAAUAGAUUGACAUGAUCAUAAAUAAAGCCGACGCCACUUCUACCGUUGGCAUCACUUCCGGGUCUAGAGCUGGCUAUUGUUAUCGACAAGCCAUGGUGCCUGGAAUGUCAGUUUUUGGGAGUCGGUACGACUUUAGAUGCACUACCCGGAAUAAUUCAACAAACUAACGCCCACACCAGGAGGUAUAGCAGCAUGACCAUGUUUAGAUGGUGGACGAUCUGUGACAGUGGUGGCUACCAGUUUGCGUGAGAAUGUUUAUCGUCAUUAGCUGCUUAGCUCAUUUAGUCUUGGUAGGGAAACUUUGGUAGUCCGUAGUCAAAGUAAUUGUCAGAGCUCACGGAUGGAGUCACCAGGUCAACCGGCGGAACACUUAAUUGCCGUAUGACUACUGCAUCCUGGCCGCAUGAUAUCAGAAUGUCUAAAAAGUUCACCUACGCGACACCUUGCACGUCGGUCAAAACACCCAUCUGUGUAGUUUUUGAUGUCUACCACAUUUAUGCUUGGAGAUAUUUCUGAUGUGGACCUGGAUAGGAUUUUGGCGGCCGAUAACAUAGAUGAUGCAACCUCCACCAGGACGGAUAUGUUGACGGUCAUUUCUGAAGUAAUCACUGAUAGCUAAUUAUGAGUCUAGCAUGCCUGUGUUUGUCUACGUUUGGGCGGCCCACUAUAUGUCUUAGAAACCACUUAAAUUCUUCAAACUUAUUUUUUAUGACCACGUAUAUUUGUAACCAUGCAUCGGAGCGGCUUUUAUUCAGUUAAAGAUGUCACUUUAUAGACACCGAUCCUGGAUAAACAGACCUUUCGGGAAGUGUUUUUGACUCCAUCAACACAGGGUGUUUUGCAUUUAUUGGCAACCGGAAACAUGACCGGUUUUAUCUAGCGAGACUUGUUCAACUGCUACAUUAUAUGGAUCGUUUCCUGGCAUUAUUUUUUCCGUCUAGUCGGUGGCCGUUCGGAGAAAAUAAUGUCGCUUUUGAAAUAUGAACACUAGGUCAAGUGUCGUAGUGACUUAUGGUGCAUUGGCGAGGCCAACCAGUGGACACCGAAAGGCUAUAGGUCCUGUACGUCACAUCUAUCCGGUAGUUUCACCUUAUUGACUUAGCAACAGCCUAAUUGCUGUAAAUGUCUUCGCAGUUAUUUUACCUGAUUAUUUUGCCUAUUGCCGUUCUAGCAUGUGGUUCUGUCAGGUUUACGAUAACGCAAUCACGCGCAUUGCACUAUUUCGCUAGGAUUUAUGACACAUUUUAAUUUUCCGCAACUGUUGUUAGCGCACAAAUUUGCGACUUUACAGUUACACAACUUAUACUGGUGAGGCCACCGUCCCGAUUCAUUUUCCUAUAUAAACUCGAAAAUCAAGUCGGAUGAAUUUCCUCACCUACACUGACACUUGUUGAAGUUCCUUCCUGCUUGAAAACAGUCUCGUCGACUUGAUCAAUCAUUUGCCUCAUUAAUUUAAGCCCAGUUGACUGGCAAACAAUUGUUUAACGGAUUUUGGCAGUUGUAUAUGUGUCACAGUUAGCAAUUACGCUGACCCGUUUCCUUAGCUAACAAGCCCUUCCAAUAGCCCUUUCCUACAGACUUAGCAGAACCAUCCCAAUGCGAAUUUUUAUACAACUCUUAAAAUUUGAAUUUUUAACGCUGAUUUGCAUGCUUUAUGUCAUAGUGAAGAUGACUGUCACCGCACUAAGCCGGGGUGCCAUCAUUAUCACGACAGGCAGCACAAAUGGCUACCCUCCAGUUUAACGUCAAAAGUGCGAAGUAUUAAUAUGAGAAAGCAAAAUAAUCUACAAACUGAGGAAGUUCAAGAUUUCAAGCUUUUCUUCAGGCAUCCGUUUCUGGCUAUGUGCUAUCCCUUUGCUGCAUAAUCCGUACAGUGUCUCACCGCUCAUCAUUAGUUGACAGCUACACUUUUCUUCUUUAAUGCUCUGUUUGUGAUCGGUCGCCCUCCCGUAGAGGACUACGAAACGUAUAGUCACAUGCCUAGUCCUAUUUUCGUUACCAAUAAGGUUUUACGAUCUUCGUUGUGGCAGCUAGAGUCUACUACGGUAUAGAUUGAUAUGUCUCGCACAUCAAUAGAGGCCACUUUAAGGAGAAGCCAUUACAGCCUAACACUCAGUUCACCAGUGCACCACUCCGCACAAACGAAUACUGAGCUGACUACGAGGCCCGAUUUAUCCUGUCAGUUGACAACCUCCAAAACUGCAACUUUUAGCACACCGUGAUAGCUUCAGACGCAUCAUAUUGCCAAUGGUGAGGAAAAUGUGUUGGGUCGUCACCUCACCCUCUCGUGCCAUUCACAGGCACCAGCCAACUGUUCGAGCCGGUCAGAUGUCUGGUGCGGGGAAUGGAUGCAAUUACAAGUGCAUCGUCCUUCUUUUUUGAAUUUCGCUCUUUUAAAAUGUAGUUUGAAUUAUUUUGGAUUUUUCUGGCCUCUGGAGAUCACUUAUGCAGAGUGACCACAUUACUCGAAGUCGUAGAAAACUGGCUUCGGCACGGGCUGCGCAUAUCUUCCUGUUUCUGGCCGCAACUUCACACUAAAUAAAUCGUAGCGCUCACAAUUUUGCUCUCUACCUUGGGAAGUUUAUUUUUUGAGGUGUGGCGUCACUUUUUGCCGUCAUAUGUCGCGCCAUGAUUUAAUCAUUGACUGGAUGAGGUGAUCGAAUUCUAGCGAGAAAUUUCAAGUUGUCGAUUGUUGCCGCAGUUUUGAAGCACAAUGCACCCCUCAAUUAUAGGGUCUUUGUAGGAGAACCUCAGCAUUCACUAUGGCAUAGCAGACUUUUGUCUGUUCUUUUGCCAUUGUCCUUUCCUUUUCUCGUAAAUGGCACGUUGCCUGCUUUCGUUAAGGUGAGAAUAUCUGCCUCCAGAAUGUUGCCGCACUUCAUUGGAUGCCUAUAGUCUGUUUUAGAAGUUAUGCUGCUUUUCGUGUCACGGUUUUUUCGUUUUCUUCCAACUCCCAGCUUUAUUCAGGGAUCCCUCUAGGGUUAUUAUCUAGCGCUGAGAGGCCGUCCAGCAACUAAUAAAUACUCUUCAAGGAGAGAGUUUCGUCUUUUAUGGCUGUUUUCGUGGUACUCUUCUAAAAACCAAAACCCAUACGUCAUUUGAGACAUUUGUUUUUUUUGCAAAAAAUAUCUUGUUUUGGCAAAGUUUUUUUCGGGAAGAUAGUCUGACGAGAACAACGUCUUCCCCCCAGCGUCGUCAUUUAUGCAUUGGCCAUACGCACCACUAUAAGGUGUUUGGCUGAUUAACUCUCUGGUCUCAUAACCACAGUUCUAUUGGUUUUUUUUUCGAGUCGUUGGCUGAUCUCUGAGUAAAAUGGUUGUGAUUACGGGUUUUCUUGGGGCUCGCCCACUUUCACACAAACUGAUCUCUCAUUCCUGUCAACAGUUAUCCUUGUCUCUUACGCAAGAGGCGAAUGACACUUUUGACAGAAAUUGCAAAGCUAACUUUGUCUUCAUAAUUGUAAGUCGUUAAACUGCCUUUCUGUCUUUACUUAUUUCUUCUCACUGCUAUUCACCCUUCUUGCAAUUUCUUCCGCUUCGGCGAAAUGAUCCCGUUGUCUGUCUCCUUCCAUACGCUUACCUGUAAUGAUCUUUCUACAUAGUCACUGCCGCUGACUGCCGUAGGGGCCGAUUUGCCUUGGUGCUAGAACUUGAUCGUUAAGCCGGUCGCACGUGACUAUUUGUAAGUACAGCUGUCAGAGCCUGACCGCUUAUUCGAGGUGGUAAGACAUCGGAUUCCGGUCCGCAUUGGGGGCGGGUGACUUACCUUCAAAUCGAAUAUAACCCAGCUUAGUUGGUAAUGCACGGUAGACAGAAGAGAAACAGUGGUACGGUGCAGUUGGUCCUUUCCUACUUAGUCCUUCCCGUGGAUUCGACAGCGUCGAAAGGUGACAUACUCCUGUGUUCUAAUUGUUCGGUAUUCCUCUAUUUUAGACUCCUUGGAGGCUACGAUCGCUUGGAGUCUGUGCGAUUGGAAGAUGUGCUGCUGGACUUUACUGGCUGCGUGCUGGACUCUCUUUGUUUUGGUCCACUUACCUCCGGGACUGAUCUCUCAAGCGUGCAGAUGUUUGAGACGCUCACUCAAGCUCUCGCGGAGAACUCUCUCAUCAUCCUUUGUACAAAGGUCAGUAUUAUUAAUCACUAGGGCUCUUACUUUUUUAAUGUACACGUUGCCCGUGACCUCGGCCACUUUAUUGGCCGAAGUGUUUGGUUCUGUUGAGAUCUGCACAAGCUUUGGCCUGAACCUUCAACCUGAGUUGCGCUGCCGUAUUAAACCUAACACCGGACUAAAUUUCUGUUGUCGAACAGGUGCCUGAAUGAAACUGGACUUCGUGUGAUCUGAGAGACUAGCACGCGUGUCACGCUGAAGAGAGUGAAACGAAAUACCUGGUCAGUUACUGCGUCCAAUCUCAUGUCCACUUGCGUUUUUGUAGCCCUCUUAUGGGUACGUGACUCACAAACUGUCGAAAGUCAGGCGCAGGCCCUUGAUAGGUAACUUUCCGACGGGAGGAAGGACACGUUUCACAUCAUUAUCAUCCAACCAUACUCCUAUCCCGAGUGGCGAGGGACUGCGAUUUGAGUCCCAAGCACUGGAUCGUCGAGCUUGUGAGUGCUAGCACAUUGACGCACUCUGUCUGAUGGGAAUAUGCUCCUUUGACUCCGCUUUUAUAAUCUCUCUUUCGACCUUGUCGUCUUAGACACUGCCUUUCUGUCCAUCGGAACUGAGCGAAAAAGGGCCUAAAAGAGUCCAGGAGACGUAUACUUUUUCAAAAUUUAGCUACUUGUUCAUCUUUAUUUAAGGAAAGGGCUAGAUCGCAGUUGGUAGCCAGGAAUGGGGAAGCGGUCGACGACCUUAACCCUUAUCCUAACAUUAACCCUAACCUUAACCUCAAACGUCAGCCCUUAACCCUAACGGCAACCCUAACCCUAACCGAAAUCUUAAACGUAACCGUAGCCCUUUGACAUAACCCUAACUGUAAAACCAAAUCGUAAUACUCAAACCGAAUCGUAAACCCAAACCCUAGCCGUAACCCGAAAACCUAAGCCUAAAGGUAUAACCCUAAUCCGAAAGUCGGAAACCAUUAACCGGUACUGCAAUCCUAACCUCAAACGUAAAACGGAAGCCAAAUGGAUCAGAUGUGAUUAUGUAGCCCUACAAAAAACUCCAGUAAACAAAUCCCAUCCACCUGUAAUACCGGGCCUGGCUAUCAACUGUGAUCUAGCCAAGGAAAGCACUCUUGGGUCAGUGAGGCGGACUUGCGCGUUAUUUUUCGCAUUUCCUUCUACCUCGUCCACUUUGCUCCGACGGACAGACAGUGUUAGGACGAUGUAUAUUCCCGAUGGAGAAGCGACAGGGCAACGGGCUCAUGGCCCAGUAGUUAGAGGCGCGGACAUCUAACAGGUCGCGAGUUCGAGCCUCGGAUGUUCCACACUUCGGAGUUGGGUAUGACUGGCUGACGACGGCUAAUAAGCCAGAAAUGGCCAUUCCAGUCUCCCUUGUCUUCGUCGGUAAUGCCAGUGUUAAGACGGCCCGAGGGUAGCGCGCCCGUAGUGGCUGGCAAAGGCAAGCAUCCCGUCCAUGCGUGUCACACGCAAACCUCUACCUACCACAUAUACCGGGCUCACAUGACGACUGGCAACCAAUAAUUGAUAGGUUUUGUCGACAGAGACUGGGACACUAGAAUGAACCGCCAGCCAGUGAUAAUCCAACCCCAGGUGCUGGCGCAUUGAACGCUUGAACACGGACCAAUGAUAAUCGAAGCAGGGCUCACAUCCUUGUCUGACCUCAGGUACACCAACGUCUGGGCCUUGGCUCCAACCGGCUGAUAACGGAAAGGGAAGCUUCCUGGUUCCCCUUCGUCGCCAAACCAAAUCUGCUGCCAUCGAAGGCGAUGAUAUGGUGACGAGAAAUCUACGGUCGGAAGGGGUGUACAGACAAGGAUGAAGACGUCUGAGUUCCCAUUUUUUUCCGAUUUUUCGACUGCCAGCGUCCGUACGCCAAAUCUAGACCGCACGGAUCUGGACAGGUCUAUAUUAUUCGCAAUGAGUAGGCCGUCUAUUGAGUUCUGCUUCACAAGAAUCAGCAGGGUACUUCGGAAGUGAAAAUACUAUACAAGGGGCAGUUACUUCAGAUGAGGAAGUUUCAUUCUGUGGCUUCGGUUUCGCGGUGAACACAGCCGAGAUGCGCUUAUUGAUUUCCCUAUUUUUCGCCGUGUUGCCAAUGCGAUUCCUGAAACACUUGAUGCAGUUGACUCCUAAGAGCGUGCAUUCUUAAAUUUGCAGAGAGCGAAUUACGACUGUCCACGUUCUGACCUCUGGUUUAAAAGUGAGUAUCAGAUGGACGCCGAAUUUUUUUUCUUAAUUUUCUGCCGAUGAACAGGUUAGGUGAACUCCAACUAGUUGUCCCUUUUCCCGAAACAUUAAACACGAUGCCCGUGUCAGUUAUACACAAGCCAGUCUGCAACUGGGCCUUAUGCGAUAGACAGAUGCCUAUCUUACCGCCAAGAAAGGGCUGUAUCUUCUCUCGGCUGCAGUUGCCCAUCGUUUCAGCUUGGCGGCAUUUGUCUUUUUCGCAUUUCAUCCGGUAUUUGCACUUUAUGCAUCAGCCUGCUCAAAACACUAUGCCAAGUUGUCGUGCGGGUUCUCACGCGUCUCUAUACGCACGUUGCUAAGCUGCUCUACCCCACAGACUUUGACCUUACGCCUUACCGCUGUCUCUAAACGUUUCAGUGUGACAUCUGCCUAACUGUGAAGACUAGGAGUUUUUUCGACUUCUUUGUUUGUGAUAAUCCUGCUUGGUCGGGUUGGAGGAUCGGGCGAUGCUGAUACGCCACCGAUCUGGCGGGAUAUUGGUCGUCUGUCUAGCAACCAGGUCCUAUCUACGCACACCACCCCCCAUAUGCCGCAAAACUGUCGUUACCACGCCCGGUGCAGCAUGGCCUAACUGGUAGAGCAGUGUACUCAACAACCAAUUGCAAUCCGUUUCAGUUUUGUAGUUUUCCCUGUCGAGGCUAAUUGAGGGUGGUAGACAAAGCAGAAAUGUCCAGUCCAGCUUCUGUUGUACCUGUUAUUAAUGUAUCUGAAAAUAUCAUCUUAGGCGGACUGAUGGGAUUAUUUCAACAGUGUACAAACCCAUCAUCAAGUGAUUUUCUGCGUGUAGAACACGUGCUGUGAGCGCUUGAAAUCCCAGUUCGCUUCGUCCAACCGGAUCUCUGUUCUUCCAAGGACAUUUUACUUUUCUGAUUGUCCAUACUCAGGCGAGAAAAAGAACUCUCAUCCACCCCCAUCCGUUCUCUGGGGCAACUGCCAGGGCUGGGUGUGUAUGCUCAGUAAGUCUGCCGUCAUGACUUCAGUCCUUCCUGCUGGUCAACGUUUUCUUGGCCCGAGCCUAGUCACAAAUGCGUGUUAUGAACGACUGCAUUUUGACUGCACAGUAGGCGACACAGUCCAUUCUGAUCGAACCUAGCCGGUCUUGUUGAUAGCGCAGCCGUUUCUCUGGCAGUGAGCAGUUGUAUCUGUCAAAUAUUUGAAGAGCCUCGUUAACUCCAGUGUGUCUGGUUGCCAAGGCGUGAGUCAGCGUCGCCGAUCGUUUUAUACUCUAUCCUAACUGCUUUAAAGUGCUAUGAGAAUGAUUUGAUUGCGUUUGCGGGGCGUGGAUGUUUCUGAACACAAGAUUGGUACUGGAGGAUCGAUCGUCUUGCUGAGGAUCUACCCAUACAAUGAGUGACCGAUCUCAUCAAAAGUUAGCUGAAAUGCUGAACUGCGUUUUCGAUUAGAAAGACCUAUUUAGGCGGGGUUGCAGCAUUGAUUAGCAUGCAGCGUGAUCCUAUGAUAUUUCGGACUGGUCAGGAUGUCGACUUUUGGAAACCGCACUCGGUAAAAGAUGGGCACUUAAGCAGUAUGCAUUUUUCACAUUCAUUUUCAAUGGCUUUGCAAGGUUAAAUAUAUUUUAUAAGGGACAUGCACAAGCGUAUUCUUCCUUUUACUCACUUGGUGUAAAACCACGUCGUCUUCACAUUUUAUUUUCGAUUUUUAAAGUAGUUUCUAAUUAUGGUAUUCUUUAAGCCCGUGUACUAUCUAUUCAUAUCUAUGUCUUCAUACAUCGUCGUGCCUGUCCGUUUAUUAAUACUCCUCAUGAAGUAUUCAACAUAGUCCGGAUCCAUUGCAAAUUUCGUGAACUCUGCAUGAUAUCUUGCCAAAUGAGUAAAAGGAGGCAUUUUUGUACUAAUCAUCAUUACAACCCCAUUUAGGUGAUCCCUCCCAAUUGAAAAAGCAUUCCAAAAUUUCGCCUAACGCAUCGUGAGAUCGGUUACUUACUGUACAUACAGUAUAUACGGAAGCUCGUGAAGUAUUACUUUACAUCUUUAGCUAUGCCCUGCAACCGAAGGCAUUGAAUGAUUUGAGUGUCAGUACUAACUACCAUGCAGCCUAACCUCCUAUUACAUCACAUGAACAGCUAGACCUCCUUAAAGCCAGAAAAUCGGUGCUGACGGAGAAGUUCGCUAGUCAUGACAUUGCGCAAAGUGAUGCAAGGAGCGAACGUUUUGCGUAUUUCUCCUGGUAAUUAGAUUUGCAUCUGUCUGGGCAUUCAAAGUUGAUUAAAAAGACUACGCAAACUACUUGUCCUUUCCUAAUGUAGUGUUCUUAGCACAGACCGUUGGAAAUUAACUAGAGUGAGUUCCGUAAGAACGAUCGGUGAGCGCCCCCCACCAUUGUAUAUUCCCGAUCGAGACCGACAGGGCAACGGGCUCGUGGCGCAGUGGUUAGAGGCGUGGACUUCUAACUAACAGGUCGCGCGAGUUCGAGCCACGGGUGUGCCACACUUCGGGGUUAGGUAUGACUGGCUGACGAUGGCUAAUGAGCCAGAAAUGGCCAUUCCAGUCUCCCUUGCUUUUGUCGGUAAUAACAUUCUGCCUAUAUUAACUAGUGUUUAUGUUCCACGGUUAUAACUACUGCAGCCCCACUUACGCGAUGCCUUACGCUUCUGACGGCAUGCAGUUCGGCCAGUUGACGUUUCAUGCGUUUCGCUGCCUAUUAUAGACCAUCCCCCUCUUCCGUGAAAACUUGGUGCAUUGCGUUGGGAGACCGGGUUGUGUGUGUCACGCGUAGACGGGCUGUUUGGUUUCGCCAGCCAUUGCGCCCAAACCCAUAUCCGGUCGUCCUGACAUCGCGCUACCGAAGCCUGGUGAAUGAGGUAGGGCAGAUGCUGCACAAGUCUGCCCCACCAUAAACAAAUUCAAGCUCAUGCCAACGUCCUGCGCUCAGACCGUGGGGCGCACAGUGGACGUCGUCGUUUGCGACUUUCACUGUAGGCUCCAGGGCACUGUAACCUCACUCUAUUAGGAUGCGGGCGGACAAGGAGAUGCUAGAGACUAGUCUAAAAUCUCGUGAGGCCCAGACUACUCUCCGUUGCGCUGGAGCAUCCGAUAACAGGGAAGGGGAAGAGGAUUAACGAAGUACACUACGUGACAGCGUAUAUGAACCACGUCCGCAUUCGCGAAAAUUCCCUACAAACUGACCCCAAUGCAUCAAUCCAAGCGCCCCAGUAAAACCUAACCAUAGACAGAAGGUUGUCAGAAGCAGUACUAAUAUGGUUGGAAAUAACAUUUUUGAAGGAAAGUUGAAGUGCUGAAAACGCGAAAAUUGGUGCUAAAUGAGUAAGCCUAAUUUAUAGUAUAGUGGGUGACCGAUCUCAUAACAUUUUGGCUAAAAUUCUGAAAUACGUUUUCGAUUAGGAAGGAUUACUUAGGUGGGGUUGUAAUACUCGUCAUCAUGCAGCAUAAUCCUAUGAUAUUUCGGACUCGCCAGGAUGUGGGCUUUCGAAUGCACUUCCUUUUGAUCUGCAGCAACCACACGGUAAAAAUGAUUACUUAAGUAGCAUGCAUUUUUCAAAUGGAUUUUCGAUGGUCUUAUAAAUUCAAAUAUAUUUUACAGAAAACAUGCAUAAAAUAUGUUUUAUUUUACUCAUUUGGUAGAAAGUCGCGUCUUCUUCACAUUUUAUACCCCAAGAAACAUAAUCUUUCGAUUUUAAAAGGUUUUCUAAUUAUGAGGUUUCUAAGGCCGCCUGAUGUCCAUACAUACAGCAUCGCACAUGUCCGUUUUCCAAUGCUCCUUAUGAAAUGUACAGCACAGUCCGCGUCUAUUGCAAAAUAUUAUGAACUCAAUAUGGCAUCUUUUUAAAGGCAUAGAGGAAUAUGUGAUUCCCCUUACGCGGAAAGCAUACACCUUGUAGACUGAAAUCGUGAAACGCAAAUGCAACGGCUGAUCGGGCUCGAAAUUAUUCGGGCAUUGGGAAACUUUUUCAAAACCUAAAUUUACACCUUCUUCGGGUAGAAAAUAUGAAGAAAAGUCGAUUUUCUACCAAACGAGUGCAAUAAAGCCUAUUUUCUGCAUGUUUUCUGUAAAAUAUAUUUGAAUUUAUAAGACCAUCGAGGAUCAGUUUGCAAAAUGCAUGCUGCUUGAGUAGUCAUGUUUACCGUGUGAUUUCCCCAGGGGGUCAAAAAGAAGUGCAUUUGAAAGCCCACAUCCUGGCGAGUCCGAAAUACCAUAGGAUUAUGCCGCAGGAUAAACAGCAUUACAUUCGUACCGAAGUAAUCCUUCCUAAUCGAAAACGCAUUUCAGAAUUUCAGACAACAUUUCAUGAGGUCGGCCACGCACACUAUCUAUUUCCAUGUCAACAGCUGAUUAAUUAAAACAGAAUAGGCACAGGCACGUUUAAAAUAUCUCAUCUUACAAUCCUAGGGUAAAUGUCCUCUAGAAUUAGUGUAAUAUGAAUUACCGUAGCCCUUGUGCCCCCUAAAAUGGGCCACGCAGUAAAUGCGUUGGACAUUAUGGGGACCAAGCCAGACUCCGGCAGGCGUUAUUGGGAAUGUGCACCCACAACAAAUGCCAAUAUUUUGGGUGUCGGCAGCCCCAGGUGCGGGCUUACGCCGCGCCAAUUGAGCUUCAAACCGUCCACCCUUUUUAUUGGUGUAUAAAAUCCUGGUCAGUGUACGUUGUGGAUCAGGGAUGUGUGGUGGUACGCCUAGGUACGGGGUUUCGUCGUGCCAGACACCUGCGCCUUCUCCUUACCACUUGUACUUGAUACGGCUGCAAGCAUGCCUGAUCUAGCCGGCCUCGAUGAUGCCGUGAACUGUACCUCUCCACGCGUGACUAUCCGCGGCAGCUGAUCUGGACAUCUGAACCCAUUCCCUUCGCCAACGACGGAGACCGAAUACCGAAGGUCCAAGAACCACCUCCAUGUCUUGACGAACUGUUUCGAGCCAGGCUUUGAAUUGACCCCCUCUUCGACGUCACAAAUGGGGCAACGGUGCCGGAUCGAAGGCAGUAACACUGAGCUCCUGAGGUGGACGACGAAGAACAUGCCCGAACCACUUCAGUCGUCUUUCUUGGAUGGCCUGAGUCAUCCCUGCGAUGUUGUCUCAGCAAGCGCGCACUGUCUCAUUUGAGACGAAAUCGGUGGGCUUCACUCGAAGGAUUGUCCUCCGCGGGUAUACCGUCCUCUCCGGAUGCCUUAUUGUUGCGCAACUUUCGUACGGCAUCGACGACUUCUCCUUCAGAGGGGGGGGGGGGUCGCAUAGCACUGCAUGGGUGGGAGAGGAAAGAAACUCUGCUGAAGAGGAGAGCAAGGGCGAGGUAGGUUGGGUAUCGAAGUUGAGAUGGUGCUCGAAGUGCUCACGCCAGCGUUCGACUUUCGCCGAGUUGUCAGCAAUAAAGCUGCCGUUCACGUCGCGAACAGAGUCAGUCAGUGUAGAGGGCUUACCGCUAACUUGGCAGAUAACUUAGUAGAGUUUUUGAGUGUCACCAACGUCCGAGGCCUCUUCCAUGGAGGUCGUUAUUUCAGCCCAAUGUUGCUUCCGGUCAUCCCUGGCCGAUUUUACCGUCAUCUUCCGAAGUUGGCGGAAGCAGUCAUCGUUGCGCCCUCUCCUGCCUUUAUCCCUCUUGACUCUGUCUUUAUACCGGGCCCAAAUGGGGGAGGGGAAGAAAGUGAGGUAGAUGCUAUGCAAGUCCACUACUAUUCUAAACUAAUUCACUAGCAAGUCGCCGUCCCUCCUCUCACCCUCCUGUGGAGCACACGCUGGACAUGGUCAGCAACAAUGGUCGAACUUUCGUACCUUAGCCCGUCACCUAUUUGACAGUUAAUGACUCUUUUCAGACUGCUACAUAGGGUAGAGAGUCGAAAUGCUUCAUUUUUAAAUUGUUCUGUAGGUAGCUGAUCCGGAUAAAGAUUAUGUUUGGGGGAGAGGUUUCAGAGACGAAAACUCUUCUAUGGCCAUAUGUCGAGAGACCGGUCAGUGAAUAAGUAAUAGAAAUAUAUUUUCCGCAUAAACCCAUUAGCCUUUUGUCCUCAGCGUAUGGCGUAAGAAUUCUUCCUGAAGACUACUGCGCCCUUUGACAAUGGCGGUUUCCUUCGAGUCAUAGGGUCCCGGAAUACUUUGGGGUCUUCAGUGUCAGUCGUCUGCCCAAAAGGUUGUUUGUGCUUAUCGAAACUUUCCGUAUAAGUCUGUCCCUGAAAGCUCCUAUUGUAUGAAGAUUCUUCGAUCGUUUCAUUUUCCGCAAAUAGUGGUCUGAGACUCAUCUACACAUGAAACCUCAUCAAUGCGAAAAUUGUACGUCCAAACUGAAGACCUACAGCGACGAUGUUCUUGAUAAAGUGUAAAACCUCAUCUUUUUGAGCUACCUCUGUAAAAGGGGCUUUGUCGAUGCAUUUCGCAGCUGAAUAACUACGCUCUUCUUAUUAUUCCCAAACAAGGUCCGCUCAUGGGCGUCUCUGGCCUGUGCUGAUAAUUUUCCUGCCACGAGCAAAAAAGUUUUCUGUUUAUUCUGGGAUGGCCAUCGUCAUUGUGUGUUCGCAAGCCUCAUUUUUGUGAUUACAAGUGCACUAAGAAAUAACCAUGUGGAUAUUAAAAUACUUCCUAAACUAACGCGGUGCCUCGCGAAGAGCAUCUUGCCUUACAAGCGGAUUUUGAAUCUGCUGAGGCAUAGUCAACAAUUUUGGCAAUUUGUUCUGGAAUGUUUAUAUAUGCAUAUGGAUUGACCGCAAAUCACAAGUUCUAAAGGAGUUAGCCCUUCCGUUUUCCAGAAAAUGGCGCACCUAUUCACACCUUGUUUUGCCUGGUUUACACGAACUAAAAAAUCAGGUUUCUUGUUGGCAAAUGCUGUUUUGGGUAACUUCUUCAUUGACAUUAGUAGCCUUUACUUGAGAAGCACACAUGUAUGGUCUGCGUUAGUUAAUAACAUGGAAAAUCACUCGGGUAUAAAGAAAUUCUAAGUUCCGUUCGAAAAUGCACUGUAUCAUCAACGUAACUAAGAAAUGUGCUCUGCGCGGGGAAGUAACUUUCCACGUAACACGUGGAGCUAAUUAGCAGAGUGGACAGCUUCUGAGGUCCCGACGACUCAUAUUGACCCAAAUGUGAAAAACUCGGCGCCUCGGUGGGAUUCGAACCCACGCAGUAAGGGGGAAGGCUUUAGUACAGCCAACGCUCUAACCACCUGAGCUACGAGUUGGCUGUACUAAAGCCUUCCCCCUUACUGCGUGGGUUCGAAUCCCACCGAGGCGCCGAGUUUUUCACAGUUGGGUCAAUAUGAAUUAUUCAAAAUCUGCCAAAAUAUCAAUGAGUCCCGACAACUGACCAUCUGGAUUCCGAUCACCGUGGUUCAUCGGGUUGACCAGAGAGAGGGAACUGAGAAGGCCAGAUUUCCUAAUUGCCAGUCAUCUCAAACUCCAAUUGGCUGUUAUAAAACAGUCUGGCCCUGCCAGUCUGAUACUCCACACUCCAGCCAGAUUCAGGGCCUUCUGACCGGCCCGAAUGGCGUGGAAUGUUCAAUAAAAACACACAUCUCCGCUGCGCGCGCCAUCCAGCUCUGCUCUCCUGUUUCACAACAAAAGCCACCUGCUGUGCUGUAUGUUCCUCUCUCUGCUCCUGCGUGGGCUUAAAGCGUGCGUUUGCACUAAGUGGGCCAACACAGAAAAAGUCAAUCGGAAUCUCGAAAUGCGUUUUUGUUUCGAGAAGAUUAAUUAAGUGGGAUUUAAAAACCAGUCAUCAUCAUGCAGCAUAAUUCUAUAAUAAUUCAGUUACCUCAGGAUGCCGGCCUUCGAAAGAACUACUUUCCGAAUGCACGUAAAAUCUAUACUUAAGUAGCAUGCAUUUUUCCCAUUGAUUUUCGAUGCCCAUGAAAAAUUUAUUAUAUUUCAUAGAAAACAUGUAUAAAAAUAUUAAUUCUCUUGCUCCUUCGGUAGAAAAUGACGUCUUCUUCCAAUUUUAUACUCGAAUGAAGGGUAUAAUUCGGUUCUAAAAAAAUUUAUAGUUGUGAGAUUUUUAAGUACCGGGAAGUGGCCGUUUAUAAAACGUCAUGUCUCUGCAUUUAUCAAUGUGGCUUGUACAGUUAAUAAUACGGAUCAAUCCAAUGCUACAUUUUAUGAACCCUAUAUGAUCUCCAGUUAGUACCGUAUAGAAAUGUAUGGUUUUCUGUGCGCGGAAAAUAUAAAGUUUGUGGUUCGAAAACCGUGAAUGCAAGUGUUACGGCAGGUCGGGUUCAAAAUUAUUCGGAAUUUGGAAGGGUUUUUGAAAACCAAAUUAUACCCUUCCUUCGAGUAUGAAAUUGGAAGGAGACAUAAUUUUCUGCCGAAUGGGCAAAAGAAUGAAGAUUUUUAUGCAUGUUUUCCAUGAAGUAUGAUUUAAUUUUCAAGGGCAUCGAAAAUCAAUGAGAAAAAUGCAUGCUGUGUACGCUGUCAUCUUUUGCCGAGUAUGACUUCUGCAUGCAGCCGGAAAGGAGUUCGUUCGAAAGCCGGCAUCCAGAGGUAACUGAAGUAUUAUAGAAUUAUGCUGCACGAUGAUUUGUUUUACAACCCUAUUUACUUGAUCUUUUCGAAACGAAAACGCAUUUCGGAAUUUUGGUUGACGUUUCUUGAGUUAGUCCACCUACUGUACAGUGAGUGACCGAUCUCAUGAAAUGUUGGCUGAAAUUCUGAAAUGCAUUUUCGAUUAGGAAGGAUUACUUGGUCGCGGUUGUAAUACUGAUUAUCUUGCGGCAUACUUUUAUAACAUUUCGGACUCAGCAGGAUGUCGGCUUUUAAAUGCACUUCCAUUCAAUCUCCUGUAGAAAGUGUGCUCGGUAAAAAGUGACUACUUAAGUAGCAUGCAUUUUUCCCAUUGAUUUUCGAUGGUCUUGGAAAUUCAAAUAUAUUUUAUAAAAACCAUAAACAAAAGUAUGCUUUCUUUUAGUCAAUCAAUAGAGAAUCACGUCUUCUUUAUAUUUUAUACUUCAGGAAGGAGUAUAAUUAGGUUUUAAAAAGUUUCUAAUUAUGAAACUUUUUUAGACCGCGAAAUGUCCAUUCACACAGCAUCGUACCUGGCCGUUUACCACUGCUCCUCAUGAAAGGUACAACAUGUUCCGCAUCCAUUGUAAAAUUGUGCGGACUCUGUAUGAUAUCUCUUUAAUGGCAUAGAAAAAUAUGUGAUUUUUUUACGCGGAACGCAUGCACCUUGUAGACUGAAAUCACUAAGCGCUAAUGCAACGAAUGAUCAGGCUCCAAAUUAUUCGGCAAUUAGAAAACUUUUUUAAAACCUAAUUAGACUCUUUUCUUAAGUAUAUAAUAUAAAGAAGACGUGAUCCUCUAUUGAUUGACCAAAAGAAAGCAUACUUUUGUUCAUGGUUUCUAUAAAAUAUAUUUGAAUUUCCAAGACCAUCGAAAAUCAAUGGGAAAAAUGCAUGCUGCUUAAGUAGUCACUUUUUACCGAGCACACUUUCUACAGGAGAUUGAAUAGAAGUGCAUUUAAAAGCCGACAUCCUGCUGAGUCCGAAAUGUUAUAAAAGUAUGCCGCAAGAUAAUCAGUAUUACAGCCGCGACCAAGUAAUCCUUCCUAAUCGAAAAUGCAGUUCAGAAUUUCAGCCAACGUUUCAUAAGAUCGGUCAUUCACUGUAUGUCCGACGAACCAGCUGUCCCCCACCUUCCAUAGCUCACCUCACUAUUAUUAUAUUUCCAUCCUUUACCCCGCAGCCUGUUACAAUCUUAGUUGUCUUUCCCCCAUUCAUGGUUUUGGCAGAAACACAAGUUGGGGUCUGUGGUGAAAAAUGCCUGUUUCAAGGCAGAAAAGUCAUAGUCCAGCUCUGCCAACUGUUUUUAGAGGCUCCCCCUCGACGCCUCGGUAUCGGAAGGCAAGGUUGCUGAAUUGAAAUACCUUCGGUGGGGGGCUCUUAGUGAAUGACCAUCUGCAUAACUUCGACGCGGAACUAAACCACACCAGCUCCAAAUUUUGGCGCGUGCUCUUGUUUAUCAUGAACGUCAACCGCUCUGGCAUGCCUUUUUGAGCACAGACCAGAAAAAGCCUGUUUAUCGCCGAGUAAUGAGGCUGAAAGACUCGCUGCUGCGGCCGAAGUGUUUGGAGUUGUUUGCCGGAUCUGGUGCAUUUUUGGAGAAGCUAAGAGGUCGCUAUGGACGCGGAUGAUCGGACAUGCGGCAUCAUUCGGGUGGAAUAACGCCAGCCCCUGAGUCGCGACUCAUUCGACGGAGCUUGGUCAGGCCUUCUAGUUCGUUGGAGCUAACAUCCUAGAGAGAGGUGACAACCGCUUGAGUCGCCAGUUGCUUGAUCCAUUGUCCUCUGGUCCGCAGCGUAUCAACAAACGCAAUGACGCUCCCAUCUAGUCCGAAGGCUUCUUUUGAAUAUAGACAUUUGUCGCGCGGUGAGCGUACGGGUGAAUACUACUUCCGGUAACACUGUUGGUGGACAAAAUUGCCGGAUAAUUAUCACGCACGUUGUCUACACCAACGCCAGAAUUGAGACAAUUUGCGACUAAUUAUCAGACAAAUCGCCAACGUCAACUCUAAAAUCCCAGCAGUUUGCCACGGACUCGUUAUCGCACCCACUGCAAAAGUUUGCGUUGUGUUUGUUAGUUGCCAAUUUGCAGGAUAGCUACUUCACCCCAUCCUCUGUGUCCGAAAUAUCAGAUCGCGGAUACUCGACUGUAAGCUGGUUGUGCGACAGGAUGACGUGCUAUCGUUAGUGGCUGUCCACACCUUCGAAACAGGUCACGAGUUUAGCUUCGUAGCCGCCAAGAUAAUCGCCCACGCUCACGCUGAGAAUUGAUUGAACCCCGAGCCUCUGAUCAGAACUCCAGCAGUCGAUAUCUCGAUCUCGCGCCGGCUUUCGGAGUCCUGUGCAGCCAUCUUCAAAUCCGCACCACUGAUCGUUGAUUGGCAACUACUCCCUAUAACUGUCGUCUGCUUUGUUGCUGUUUUUGUAUCUAACGAUGGACUUGUGUUUGAUUACUCUUCUUCUUUGCUAGUCAGUUCAUGUCUGCUUUGUAGCACUGACCCGACUCAACAAUAGGGAUCUGGGUUUGACUGAAAUAUAAUCACCUCCCCUCCUUGAACCAAUCCCCCAACACCACCAGCGUCCUUGUUGAGUGCUGUCCAGGAUGCAGACGAGAACGGUGCCAGCUCAAUAUUGUUAUCCUACGUUGUGCAUUUCCCACUGAGUCCUGAAUCGUCUACAUGUCCCGCCUACCCCGUCAUUAUGAUUAGAUCUUGUACCAUAUCAGUAGAAGUAAAUCCCCAUUAUGCUACCUUACAAAAGCAACGUACGCUGCCACCAAGAAGAUAAGUAAGGUAUCAAAUGUAACAUUCUCAGGGCAGAUGGCCAGACGUCGGCUGCACUAUUUUAGUCAAAAGAAACGAGUGUGGGGAACACACUGUUCAGUGUAUCAUUUCCGUUGUUAAUAAGCAAAUGCGGCCAUCCACCCAAUAAAUGUAAGUAGCAACUAUGUAAGCAUGAAUUUGAGGUCACCGAGGUUAUAUGUUAAAAAUAGGCACUUCUUGACAUUUUUUUCCGACCUUUUGAGAAAAUGUUCGCUUCCCUCGGCCCCGAUGCAGGCGCUCAGAUCUCAGACAGAGGCAGUUGCUCCCGUCUGUUUUCCUUGACCACUUUCUUGAGGUUCGAUUCUUCCGGAAUUGGCAGCAUAGCUCCUUUGCAGGCACAGGUGUAUUCCAAUAGCAACUGACAAUAGCACCUCUUGACUUUCUUCCACUCACAAGCCUGUUCUGCACCCUCCAGCCCCACCUCGGCAAGGCACAGGACGGUAGUGGGGAUGGGGGCCGCUCCGCCGCCGCUCCCUCCGGUGAUCAGGCUGAUCUGCUCUUUGACGAGCUCUGUGCUCCUCGCAGCCUGGGCUCGAUCGAUCCCGAGACCGGUCUCUGCUCCAACUUCGGUUACCUCCUCACCAAGACCUGCCUGAUGCCCAGGGACCCCAGUAUCAUGGGCUCCAUCGUUGCAGCCUUUAAGCGUGCCCAGGACUGUCCGCCACGAGACCGACUCCUACGUCUCCGCUCACUGUUCGCUGCCUCCACCAGUAGCCUCAGUUACGGCGAGUGGAAGGGCGCCUACUCUGACGUCUCCAAGGUGGGCUGUGUUAUUUGAACCCCAUCUAUCUCUCUCGUUCUGGCUUUACUUGUUCCAACUGCCACCGACUGAUCGGUGCCGACAUUCGCACCGAUCAAAAUCAGGAGACCUACCAACCUGGCACCAAGUGCAGUCCAGCUUUUUAAUUUCCUCAGAAAUUAAUCGCUAACCUAUUUGUAUGCCACUGGCUGCCUGCUAAUAGUUUAUGAAUACUACGUCGUUAUUGCGCUGUGGCUGGUGGACUUCGGCCCGAAUAUUCACAUCAAAUUUCAGUCUGGGUCUGAAACUCCCAAGUAGACUGAUUUACUCCAAGUUAGCGACUAAUUUCUUGGGAAACUAAAGACCUGACUGUUCGAUUGUCGUUUCUUACAAUGUCCACCAUGUGCUCCACAGCAGGCUGAGAGCAGAGACGGUGACUUGCGCAUGACUUAGUUCAUAAUGAUGGUAGACUUGUGCAGCGUCUAGCGCACUCUCUCCUCCCACCGGUACCUGGUGUCAUAACUGAGAGUCAAGAUCCACUUGUUGGUCACUGCACACACCGGGUCGACUGCGGGCUCCAAGUUAUCCCGUCAAUUGGUAGCCGUUCAAGCCACGGCUCUUAGCGCUUUGUGUCAGUCUCAAGGGCAUCAAAUCGUUUAUAGAAUUAUGCGCUGGGAGUCGACUACAUUGGCUCUGUCCUAUACUGUGCACCAGUCGAUUGUCCGAGUUGGUCAGGCAACCAGUGCUGAGAUUAUUCGAGGUGGCUGGCAUAGCUAAGAACAGCCCGUACACGCAUGCCAGGUACAGGCCCCGGCCGCCAUACGGGUGCACCAAGAUUUCACACAAAGGAGAUGAACAGCUCUGAUCUUGUAUCUAGUGGAGGAGCCACAAUGAGAAGGAGCCAAGGAAAACGCCACUUCCUCGAGAUGUGGCAGCGAAGGAGUGCAUAACGCGGUAGUCGUUUUUGUUUUGGAAGGAUAACUAACAAAUACAAGGGAGACUGGAAGGACCAUUUCUUGCCUGUUAGCCUUCGUCAUACAGCCAUACCCAACGCCAGAUUUGCAGUACUUGGUAUUCGAACGCGGAUUCCUUGGUCAUUGAGCGUUUUCAAGCCCAACGCUCUACCAUUGAGCCACAGGUCCGUCGUUUUGCAGUAACAUCGUUUUAGACUUUGAAAUUGAAAGUGUAGACAAUUUAACUUUUAAAAUUUCUUAUAGACCAGGUGCACUCUGAAACACCGCUGGUAGUUUCAUUGGUUUUUAAGAUUUUCUAACUACAUCCCAUCUUUUCAAGAAAAUAUCUCCUGCUGCUCUGAAUGUAUUUCAGUCGGUAGCGACCAUGUUGUGCGCCUUAUUGGCAGAAUUACCAGGCUCAUGAAUUUUAAGCUACACCCGCAGUUGUGCGAGCUUCUCGAGAUUCUCCCCCGUAAAGGGUGCUGUUCAUAAACUGAAUUAAUCACUUCCCUACGGCAUUUGGCUUUUCGCAAAAUAAGUGUGCCACCUGCAUAUUUCGUGCAUCAUUUCUGGGAUCUCUUGUUCAAUUUUGUGCCCAUCGAAAGUCAGUGUAAAUUUUACUAAAUAUACUGUGAUUUUCUCCCGCGUAUGAAUUGCGCUGCUGUUUGAAGUUAUCUUCAAACACGGAGCAGCAGGUCACAGUAUGUGCGCUCUGCUCCGAUGAAUAUUGCAAGCCCACUUGCAACAUAUGACAAGACUCAUGAAGCACUUGUAAUCUACUGAGAGGCGAUUUCCUGGGGAAGGCCAAAAACGAAAGACGGGCGUUUUCGCAUGUAACCCUUUUUAUUUCAAGGUAUCACUAAAAAUUAGGGUUCUUUUGCAUGAAGUUUGAUGCAUACCAUAUCGAUCGUCGUAAACGCCAACUAGUAGCUGUAGACCGAAUCCACAUUGGUUCUGGUGCCACUGCGUAUCUCUGAUGCCUCGUCUUUGCCUGUACAAGUUUUCUGAGUGUACGCGCCUAUUUUUGCUCUUUAUUGUACUGAUAACUAAAAUAACUCUCUCUGUCCUGCAGUCCUUACAAACAGCCCUUCUCCCCCUUCAUAUGCACAUUAGGAAUGGCAGGACUUGACCCCCAAUGACCGUAACCGCAUCGGACUAGUCAUGUCUGCCGAAAGUGAGUUUUGGAUGCCGCUACUGCCGGUACUCCAGAACUUCUCAGGCGCCCUAAUUUGUCGAUCGCCAAAGACGGGCAUCUUCAAUGCAUGGCAACUCUCCGACUUCCACGGGGAGUGGCAUUCUGUUCGCAGUGGCGGCAGCCUCCGGUUUCGUGACACAUUUUUACACAAUCCUCAGGUUAGUUGACCCCUAUGUGUGUGUGUGCACGCAUUUAGUCAAUUUUGUUGCGCGGGCGACGCUGCUGUGCCAGGCCUAACGGGUGCCAAAUACUUGUUUGGCACGCCAGUAGCAGGACGAAUAACCCACUGCGCUCACGAGCAGGGUGACUCCGUUAUCCGCGAUCUCAUUCAUUUAGCUCGCUAGAAGUGGUGUCUUGGAAGUUUUCCAAUUGGUCGCGUAAUCCUGUUCUUGACAGUGAGAUUCAGUUUGCAAAGAAUCAUUCCUAGCAUGGUUUUUAUGGCAGCUCUGAGUCUGGUUCAUAUCGGUCGAUAGACUAGUCGGGUCAGCCAGUGUGUCCGAGCCCACUUACGGCCGUCCUAAGUUAAUCUUGCCACUGGGAACAUUGUGUACUUAAAAGAGAUUGGGGUUCGUUGGGCACGAGUCAUCACUAGAUCCGCAGGUACCAGUGGUUCUUUUCAUGCGUCCUUGAAAGCUUUCGGAGAUUAUCGCACUUUCCGCACCACCAUCACACGCACAUUUGACAGACUGAUCGCCACAAGCGGCGGCAUCCACCGCAGUUCUGAAAUGGGCGCUGACGUCACCGGCUUGCUAAUUCGUUUGUAAUGAAGCGGGCUCUGGUCGAAUCUACCUCCCCUUAAUCCUACGCCCACUUUGUUAUGAUAGUUUGACAGUCAUUGCCGCUAUGUGCUGCACAGCGGGGUGGGAGCAGAGACGGUGACUUGCGCGUGCCACAGUUUAUAGUAAUAGUCGACUUACUCUACGUUUACCGCACUCACUCCCCCCCCUCACCCGCCUGAGCCUGCUGUCAAGUGAGAAUCGAGAAUACCGGAGGCGGUAAAGGCGCAUGUGACUGGCAUGGCGAAAACGAAGUCGUUAAAUUAGUCGGUUUAUCCAUAAACGCUGGGAAGACUAAAGUGUUGUCAAGCUGCAUCCCUGACCAGGAGAAGGCACCUCUCGGGAUGGAUGGCUGUCAACUUGAAGAAGUAGGCAGUUUUAAAUACCUCGGGGCGUGGCUACUGCCGAAUGGCCAGAACAGGGAUGACAUUGUCCCCCGAAUUGAUGCUGCCCGACGGGUUUUCUCAAGCCUUGGAAAACGCCUCUGGAUCCGACGCAACCUCUCCAUUGCAACAAUGAUUCGCGCGUACCGUGCAUCUGUCCGGUCUGUCCUUAUUUAUGGUUGUGAAUGCUGGGCUGUGCGCGGGGAGGACGAGCGAAAACUGUAAUUAUUUGAUAACCACUGGUUGACGACCAUCCUUCGAGUGAAUUACUCCGCACUAGCUGCGACAACAUCGCGAGGAUAACCCAGGCCAUCCAAGAAAGACGACUGGGAUGGUUUGGGCAUGUUCUUUGUCGUCCACCUCAGGAGUUCAGUGUUAAUGCUCUCGAUCCGGCACCGUUGCCUCAUUGGAGGCGUCGAAGAGGGGGUCAGUCCAAAGCCUGGCUCGGCACAGUUCGUCAAGACAUGGAGGUGGUUCUUGGACCUUCGGUAUUCGGUCUCCGUCGUUGGCAAAGAGAAUGGGUUAGACUGUCCAGAUCUGCUGCCGCAGAUCGUCACGCAUGAAGAGGUACAGUUCGGGGCGUCAUCGAGACCGGCCAGAUCAGGCAUUCUCGCAGCCGUACCAAGUACAAGUAAGCACAACGAAAAGCUGCACCUAGGCGUACCACCGCUCACCCUGGUCCACAACACAUACUGACCAAGAUUUCCAAUAACAGGAGGCAAGAGGGCGGCUCGGGCCCUAACUGGCGUGACUUAGGCCUGCACCUGGACGUGCCACCACACCCCAAUACUGGAAUUUGUUAUUGGUGUGCAUUCCCAAUAACGCCUGCCGGACGCCGAUCUAGCCCCCGUGUUGGUCCAGCACAUCUACCACGUGACCCGACUUAGGGAGCACGUCCGUGACGUUUGUUAAGGUGCAAGUCUUAUUCCUCCCCUGUCCAUUUGGCAAUUGCUUGUUCUUGAGGUAUUUGAAACAGUCUGUCUCUUCUGUUUGUUAGUCGUUAAUCACACAGACGUUACUCCUCAUAGACGCAGUUCGAGCGUACUUUGAUUCUUGUGGCGUUAUUGUUCAAUGAAUCGACUGAUUUACCUACCACGAUCACCCAAUACUACCUUUUCGGACCAAGGAAACUUUCGGCCGGGAUAUUAUCACCAAAGUUAGGGUUCGCCACCCGGCGUUCUGGUGCGACUUCGACAAUCGGCAGACCGUUUACAGUUCUUUCCUCGGCGACAAGGUACGAUACUUUCAGAAGCCAGCAUGGAUAUCGAGGGGAUGGAAGAGGAUUUGUUGCCGGGGGUUGGAGUGAAAAAUUAUGUCUGCUAUAUUUUUUUACCAUCUAUCGCCUUCUACUAUCCACCGCACAAGGUGGCGAUCUGAACGCUCCAGCGAUGACAAGAGGUCAGAUGGCUGUCCGCUGCUGUCACCGAUGACAGCAUUCAGUAACAGUCAGUAGUGUGGAUAUUUAGUAAAUUUAUUCGUGUCCAGUAAAGAAUCGCACUUAGUUGGGCCUCGUUCGUUAAAACGGAAAUUUAUCAUUAACCUUUUUGGGAAGAACCCUUUUUUCGGCCAACUUUACUUCGUCCAGAGAGGAAACGGUUACACUGUCUAGACUAGGCAGAUGACGGAAUUAUUUGAACUUUAUCUGUCGGCCGGCUGGCGAUAGUCCCUGUCGUGUGCUUUCUUGUAGAAACUUUCUUCUUGCCUGCUGAUGUCUCCGCUUGUGCCUUCUUUUAUCUGUGCCCUAGUACACAUUUGAGCUGACGAAGGAUACCGACGAGGAGGUCCUUGUCUCGCUCACCCGCAAACACCACUGGGAUACUGUUUCGAAGACUAUUGUCCACGAUACCUCCGCUCCGCCCAUUGGUUUUGCACUGCUCAAGGUAAUCACUUUCUCAUUGAUCACCUUUCCCUCCGCGACACCUUAUUGACUGUUCGAUCGCCGUUUCUGACGACGUCCCGCUGUGCCCCACAGCUGCAGGGUGGACACAGGGACGGCGACUUGCACUGCAUCUACUGCACCCUCUCCUUCCACCCCCACCUGUGCCCGCUGUCAUGACAGAGUCAAGUAGUUCUGAGGUGGGAUCGGGUGCAAGCGACUGACGCAGCAGGAGCCUGCACUUAGGCGCAUUAGGUGCCCAUCCCUAACAGCACGUACCGUACCCAUAUCUGCCCCCCCCCCCAUGUUAAUCCAACGUGGCCAAUUGUAAGGGGCACGAGGGAACCUCACCCUAUCACUUCUGAUGUCUAAGGGCGAGCGGUCAUUCGUUUACAUUGUUUUUUCUCCUCCACGCCAUCAGUGGUCCCUGUCUCCUGACCUCGUAGUAUUGGCUAGAUCGCAGUUGGUAGCCAGGAAUGAGAGCGGACAGCGAACUUAACCCUAAUCCUAACCGCAACCCUAACCUUAAACGUUAACCGUUAACCCUAACGGCAUCACUAACCUUAACCCUAACCGCAAUCGUAAACGUAACCGUAGCCCUCAGACAUAGCCGUAACUGAGAAGCCUAACCGUAAUACUGAAACCCAUUCGUACGCUCAAACCCUAACCGUAACCCGGAAACCUAAGCCCAAAGGCAUAACCCUAACCCGAAAAUCGGAAACCAUUAACCGGUACCCUUAUCUUAAGCUCAAACGUAAAACGGAAGCCAAAUGGGACAGAUGUGAUUAUGGAGCCCCACAAAAUAGCCCCAGUAAACAAACCCCCCAGCCACCUGUAAUACGGGUCCUGGCUACCAACUGCGAUCUAGCCCUCGUAUUUUUCAGCCUGUUGGGAUUGAAGAUCCUACCAAAGGUGACGUAUGUCACGAGAAAUUUACUGAAAUUCUGAAAUAUGGCAUCUCUUAGAUAAGGUUACUUAGGCGGGGGUUGGAGUACUGAUUAUCAUGUAGCACAAUUCCGCGAUAUUUCGGUCACGCCAAGAUGCCGGUUUUCGAAUGAACGUCUCUCCGGCCGUCUGCUAAAUCACACGGAAUUUCUUUCUCUCCAACGACAUCAGGUAACGGUAGCAUAUCAGGUGGCGCAAAUAGAGAAAAACGCUCACGAUCUGACUGAACGACUCGAGAAGUCAAUCACUUUUUGCUGAACUGUCUUAUACAGUGCGGACUAUGGACGGCCGACCAGCUGUUCAAAUCGCAAGCCAGCUAGCAAAGUUAACCCAGUGCUCUUAUCCUUUUCUGUUAAUUUUCUUUGGGCUUUUACUUUAACUUCGACGUCGUUGGAGUUGAGACGUCCCACAUUCGCAUGCUCAGCCCUCUCAAAGCUUACUCAUUUCAAGAGUGAGCUGAGACUCAGACCAUUUUCUGUCCAUCCUUAGGUCGAAAACAAUCGUCAGGUCCGCGUCCACGUCAUGUCCAACUGCAAGCUCAUUUACGUGCACGAGGCAAAGGUGCAUCGAGCCAUGUUCGGCCGUUUCACGCUGGCACGCGGACGUUACGUGUUAAUACCGUUUCUUGAAGAACCCCUCCAGGAGGCGGCCUAUACUCUGCGUAUAUACCUACCAAGAUCCGUCGAUGCCAGGUAUUAUGCAAGGUGUAUCCCUGUCUGCUUUGACUGCCGUUUAAGGAUGCCUUAUCAGUAUAGAAGCAACCUUACAGAUUGACUCUUAUUAUACCAGAUUUAUCAUUCGUUCAAUCCCAUCAUCCCCCUGAGUUGUCGGACUCGGACAGCCGACUGAUGCGUUGAAGAAGGAUGCAAGAGAAUGAGACGCAUACUGGGGAAUUCAUCUCCCCGGCAAGUUGGCGCAUCCCCCCUAACUGUGUUUAGUCUGACGCAUUAAGAGUCGUGACUUGAAAGGUCAACUAAAGGGCUGACCUGUUCCACAAUGCACUAUUUCAGUUAGUCAGGCUGCAGUUGCUCCUUCUUAAUGUGGCCCUUAUAGUACUCUCACUUAUGAGAGAUCCGAGUCGUCCCUGUAGAAGCCCGGUACGUGUGCGAUUCGACUCCCGAGAUCUUUAUUUCACGGGAGCCUGCGUCAGGGAGUCGAACUUCAGACAGACAGCAGACAUCCACGUUGUACUGAUAAAAGCUGCGUGCGGUCAGACUUUGGAUACCGGGGUCCAGAAAAUGCCUAUGGAUCCGACGUGACCUCUUCAUCGCCACUAAUUUUCGCGUGUGCCGUGCAUCUGUCCGGUCUGUCCUUCGCUACGGUUAUGAAUGCUGUGCUUUGCGCGUGGAGGACGAGCGAAAACUGGAGGUAUUUGACCAUCACUGCUUGAUGGCCAUCCUUCUAGUGAAGUUCAUCGACUACGUCUUAAAUGAGAGUCCGCGCUCGCUGCGACAACAUCGCAAGGAUAACUCAGGCCAUCCAAGAAAGACGACUGAAGUGGUUCGGGCAUGUUCUUCGCCGUCCACCACAGGAGCUCAGUGUUACUGCCCUCGAUCCGGCACCGUCGCCCAUUGGAGGCGUCGAAGAGGGGGCCAGUUCAAAACCUGGCUUGACACAGUUCGUCAAGAUAUGGAGGUGGUUCUUGGACCUUCGGUAUUCGGUCUACGUCGUUGGCGAAGGAAGUGGGUUGAGCUGUCGAGAUCUGCAGCCGUGAAUCGUCACGCGUGGAGAGGUACAGUUCGGGACAUCGAGUCCGGCCAGACCAGGCAUGAUCGCGGCCGUAUCAAGUACAAAGGACAAGUACCGGUACAUGUAGUGGAGACCGACAGUUCGACCGUCAUGAUCGUCGAUGUUCACCGCGUGCUCUACAGCAAGAUGAGAUCAUACACAGUGACCUGCGUGUGAUUGCUUUUAUAUUGAUGAUAGACUUGCGCAGCAUCUAUCGAGCUUUCUCCUCCGUCACCCACCUGGACCUGGUGUCAACACGGAAUCGGGGUGAGUGGAGGCGGUAAAGGGUGCAUGUGGCUGGCGCGGUGAAAACCCGCACCUAGGCGUUCCACCAUGUUCUCUCGACCAGGCUUUUAACCAACAACAAUAACAACAGCAGCAGCAACGAUGGACGGCAGGGAACCCAGUGUGUUCGACGUGAGCUGGUAACUUGGCCUCCCACCUCACCCCGAAUGUUGGCGUUUGUUAUGGCUGUGCAUUCCCGAUAACGCCUGCCAGAAUCCGGUGUGGUCCCCAUGUUGGCCCAACGCAUCUACCGUGUUGUCUGCUUUAGCAGCGCAGAUGGGGAUCAGGCUGUGUGUGGCACGUUUAAGUUUGUCAGGGACCUCGGCCGCGUCAACCUCUGGUUGCUUUGCCAUCGGGGCGAAAUCCGCCGCACCGGUACUGCCCUUGUUUCGUGCGGCACGCAGUGGAUGACCGUCUGAUUAUAGGGGGAACUUUUAAAGCAAUAUGGUGUUUCUUUUGACCGCACUCCAAAUAUUGGCCAUUGCAAGCGGUAUGACUGGCAAGAAAGUGUGGCAUUCGAAUGCAGUGCGAAACAGUCUCAUUCGCCCAGGUCAGAGGUGAUUUGAUGUCUGCUAGCAAACAGAGAAGCCAUAAAUGUGUGUCCCGAGUGGAAUUCACCGGGCUCCCUUAUCCUUGCUCUCCAAUCAAGGUGAAUCGGAGGAAGGUGGUGCUGGCACAUUGUCUGUUGUCGGCUGUGACAGGCUUGACGAUAGAAACUUUCCCGUCGAUUAGGUCCUCAUGGCAACUCUUUCAAGUCUCAGAAAAUAUCCGAAGACUUGGGGAAAUAUACCAAAUGCAUAUCCGGCGAGCAUACGUCCGCUUUCCAUAAAUUCUCUUCAGGCCUGUACAUUUAUAUGGCUAUUGAAGUAAUGAAUUAAAAGAUACGGGCAAGUAGAUAAUUAAGCUGUAACUCGGUUUUGGGGAGGGGAGGGGGAGAGUGAAACACCACAAUUUCAGUUCGCCGUUUGACAGAAAGAGUGAGAAUAAUCUACUCAGCUGAUAGCGUUGAGAAAAAGCUUAAGAUCAUCGAAAGCCUUUUUCUCCAGAACUGGUAUCCUGAUCGAUUUAUUGCUAAGAACAUGGCUGAAAGACCACUAAAGCCCCCGAUACUGACGGCAGGAAAGAAAAGACUCUUCAUCAGGGUCCCAUUUCAAGGGGAUGCACCAAGUGAACUUUUAAGAAGAUGCCUAACUCCAGCUAUAUCACAGACCUUUCCAGCAGCUGACACCCAUGUACUGUUCUCCACCAGUCCCAUCCUAUACGGAGAGGGCAAGGACAAACUACCAGCUCAGACCACCUCUAUGCGUAUUUACUCCUUCACCUGCUCCUGUGGGGCAGAAUAUAUUGGUCGCAUGAGCUGGCGUUUAUCCAAACGAAUAAAAGAGCAUCCUCCAGCAUGGUUAGGAAAGGGACAAGUAAAGAACAUCAUUCGAUGAGCAAUCGGUCGUUGAGAUAUAAUAUCUACAAAGACUAGGGGGGAAGGGGGACCGAAACAUCAUUUCUUUCACCCACUUGUCGUCGUCAGCCAGCCAUAUCCUGAUCUAGAAGAACCCGGAGAUUCGAGCCCAGAAUUUGUUAAUCCCUCAACCAGACGCCACAGCACCUGACACUGCCCUGUAUUUGAUUUCAUGUCGCUAUCCAAUCGCCUUCGGGAGCUCUAACCAGCAACGCUGCGUGUACGCAUUCUGCCCUGCAAGCAGACCAGAUCGGUGACUGUCGUUCCAACGUGAUGUCGAUUAUUCCCCUCUGCUUCACAUGGUAGAUCGUCUAACAUACUGACCAACUGGUUCCACAUUCGGACCUUCAGUCUCCAAGACCUCGAGUUGAGUUAUAGUUGGUUGGGUGGGGUCUGUAGGUAGACCAGAAACGGUUAUUCCGUUAUCACUAAACUAUGCCAGUAAUACUUCUCUGUGGCAUCGAUUCAGUAUGCGACAGCUUUCUCUUCCGGCCUACGUGCUGAAUGUUCAUUCCCCCAUAUAAUACUCUAGAAACAAAUCCUAAGAUGCCUCCACCAUAUCAUGUGUUUCCGGGAGACAUCAUCACCAGGCUUGUAUAAUGCAAUAUUUGGCAAAUAUACUGGUGGUAGAUAAUUAUCGUUUAGGCCGGAGGGAGGUCGCGAGGGGGAUUACGAUAACAUUUAUGGGUGUUUAAGAUAAUUGUUUUCCGAGAAUGUAUAUUGCAACUUAGUAGGGAGGGUAAGCUAAAUGUAGCUGACGGCCUCAUUAGGCUCAGAGAUAGACACCAGGAGGAGGGAGCGAGUAACGCUCAGACGGAUGAUCACAUGUUCUGGACGUUGGGCCAGGGACAUAUGGUGCCAGGGUCUUCUAUGCAAAGAGAACUGGACUGUCUGUUGGCGUGACCAUUGUUUUUACGAUGGGUGAAAUAUCCGGUAAGAUGUGGUUAUGUAGCCCCACCUGAUGGACACAAUACUGUUGGGGUUGAAGUUAGGAGUUAGGGGUUGGGGUUAGAGUUAGGGUUUAGGGCAGCUAUUUCUCAACCACUCAAAGUACAAUCGCGCAUUCCCAAUAGCUUUUCUUUUGCAUACAAUUAGACCUCAUCGCAUGUGUGUUCCCCGGCCGCACCUGUAAAAACCCCUAUUACCACCGGUCCCGUAUUAGAGGUGACUGGGGUUUGUUUACUUCAGAUGGGGCUGCAUAACCACAUCUGACCAAAUAUCCUAAAUAUUACGCAAACAUCAAAUGCCUCUUCUAAAACCAGGUUUUGCACGCCUGACAAUAUUUGGGCACAUUGAGAAAUCCCUGGGAAAAAUUCCGCAAUGUAGCGUCUGCAGCCGAGAUGUCGCUUUUAGCCUCUUCCGCUUGUGGCCGUUAAAUUGGACAGGAAUCCACCCAUCUCGUCAACAUUUGCUUAAUCAGAGGUGGCAGGUCAUAGUCCUCCAAAAGUCGGGAAACCCUGUUAAACGAUGGUUGCGCGGGACGAUUCCCCAAAUUAUGAGACAGUAAGAUUUCCUAUCCAUCCCUCAAGCUUUCGAAUAUUGCCCUCUAAGACUCUAGGCGAUGCCCUAAUUGAUGACAGGCGGCCUUUGCUAUCCGUCCUACCUCGUAGCCCAGGUUGUACUGUGCGUCAGACGAAAAACACUGUAACUCACGCAAAGCAAGUGGAGGGUCAUUUGCACCGAUCGAAUGCCCACAGAAGGAUCUUUUUUCCGAAUUAGUUCUCUCAUCGAUUUUUCCCCACUCCUGUGGGCGUUACCCAUGUGCCUGUUUUUACCUUCCGGACACUUUGAUUACUGUGAAAUGAAGCGUGCAGUUAAGUUAACCGACUUCACUUAAAGCGUGUUCUGCGUAUGCAACUUCUGUUUGGCUGAUGUCCGAUAAUUUUCGAUUCUUGUUUGUGUAAUUUAAUUUGCUGCGUACUUUUUCGGUUUGGCUUCAAUGGCCGCGACUAUUUGCAAUAAGGUGUGAAGAAUUCAGGCGUACGGGUUGUGCUUACUUGCGGCAGCUUCCACUUCAGCGCCUGUACAUCAGCUCCAACUUCCCUCCCUUGUUUAGGGAACUUCUACUAGACACUCCAGCCCCAGGUCCAUUUGCCGUCUUCACCGGAACGCCAAUAGCGGCGACGCGUAUCGAGAUUGGACGAGCAUCCAACCUCACCUGGCUGAAGUCCAAUGUUCCUCCCUCGCCGUACUGUCGCAUAGACUGUGAGGGGAACGUUGUCUACACCAGUGUCUGCACAAGCACCAGUAACCCAGUUUGGAACGAGACCUUCAUCUUCUUCCGCCUGAAGCCCUACAAGCGACCAAUCAUAAUCGAUGUGAGUUCGCGCUGGCUUCUAACUUUCUUUCCAGUUUGGCUGUGGGUGGGGAUUACUUGUUUUGGGAGUUUUUCUCCGGACAUCGACUGAGUCUGUUUCCCGACAGUCCACUGUCCGGGCAGAAGCCGAAUUUCGAGCUGCGAAGGAUGUUUUUAGAUUGAAGCUAGCACUCCGGACCUUCUGAAUUGCGUAUAGGUAGCGUGCUCAUUCUCAAGGGAAUUUUUUCCGGUCAUGUGUAAUACAUUUAAAUCCAGACGUUUCUCUUGGAAAGUAUUGAAUUACCAGGUCGUUUAAUGAGAUUUCAUGGGCGCCGUAGGUCAUGCAACGUUGCCAGAAAUGCAUCGACAUACAUCCGCACAGAAAGGAGGUUACGAUACUGGUUAACAGGGAAAUCGGCCAUUUGCUGUGAACUUUUUUAUUCGUCCACGUAAAUUACGCGUGGGAAAAUUACUCUCUGAAGUAGUUCGUACUUCCAACCGACUUUUACUGCUGAUAUAAGUUUACUCGUAUUUCCUAAGACUGGUGAAUGAAAUCGAUAUUCAUUGUAACUACGUUGUCGGGAGGUACAUCUUCAGUUCAGUUUAUUUGAGGGAAACGUAGGUGUUUAACCUUUGAACUUCCUGUUUGUUGCAAGGAAGCGAAUUAUAUCAAAAAUUUGAAAAUGGAAACAUCAAAUAGCUACAGAAUUUUUUCGAAACCGGUCAGAUAAACGAAUUGUCCCAAGUGUUAAAAACAUUGACAUUGAUAAAUAUGCUGUACAGCAGUCAGCCCAUGCAUAAUUGUGCCGUAGGAUAUCGGUGCGAUCUCAGUUUCUGUCGGAGACAAAUUGAGUGCCAACAUUCACAAUGGACUUUGAACAAUAAAUACGGGCAGUAAUAUUAAAACAGUAAUAAACGGUUAGAACGGAACACUAAGACGUUAUCGGUCAGAUGAUAUUAUGAUGUUUGGUGGUAUACUGGUCCGGCUUGCGCUUAAAAGCCCCGACGGAUUUGGACAUGCCGAUAUCUGCUGGCAGCGCAUUCCAAGCCUCGACCAUUCUGCUGAAAAAAAGAACCUUCGCAUGUCCAGUCUGGCGCCAGUCACACGUAGUUUAAGUGGAUGACCCCGGAGGUUCGUUGUGGUUGCUAUCUCAAAGUCAUAAUAUCGUUUGAAAAUGUAUUCGCGUUGUGCAGGACAACUUGUGUUUCCAAGGUUUCCAUAUCACCCACUGGUUUUUGUUUUAUAAGACGGACAGCCCCUGCUAGGGCCCGAGAUUGAGCCACAAGGCGCAACGAGACCAGAAUGUCUCGUAGGCUAAUCGGUUAACACCCUUCCAUCGUGGGAAAAAAUAAUGUAAAAUAAUCAUCUGCAAGCAUUACAAAUAGAUGAAGGGCAAUGUUGGCAGCUUCACCAUAUAGUCUACUUGACUGGCCUGGAUGGGAAGGAGAGCGUUGGGUGGACUAUGAGGACUGCGUUCACACGGCACUCAGUGCAUAUUCCUCAUUAUAAACAAGCUGGCGCGCCUGAAGUUAUCACGGUGCGCCGAAAGCAGGGGCUUGGAAGGUUGCCAACUAACGGGAUAACUCGUUCCUCCGCUCAGAACUGAGUGUCAGGCUGCAAUUGCACCUUAAUGCUACCUUUAUGGUACUCCUACUCAGUUGGGAUCCGACCAAUCCCCCUUCAUUGCUGUGUGAAAUUUUGGUCCUUUGUGCGUGGACCGGGAUAUGUGGUGGCACGCCUAGACGCUGGUUCCAACACGGAUUCCAGACUAGAGCACGGCAUGCAUUAAGAAGGCUGCACAGAGUCCUCCCACUCAGUAGCAAAUGUCACACAUUCUGGAUGUAGUAGCAUGGCUAGCCACGGGCUUCACACUGAGACAGUUCCUUGCGCCCAAUCCCAGCAUCAGAUGCCUGGUCGGCUCGGACAGAGGGAGAGCGUGAAGUCGACUCUGGGAACUCCGCCCCCAUGGCACUUCAACGCAUCCUUUACUAUAAACACUCUGAUUCGCUUUCAAACUAUCACGGUGCGCUCUAACUCGUGGCUUUCCAACUGACUGGGCAACUCUGUUCUCUCAGGAUAGAAAGUCCGACUCCGUUGCUCCUUAUUGUUUUCUCCAUGGUAUUCCUUUAUGGACCCGCGGCACCUUCUUGUUUUUGCGAAAGUCUGGUGUGUGUGGCACGCGUAGAUGGACUGUCUAGCUUUGUGGGCCGCUGCGCUCUAUCGCUCCUGGUUCUCGUGACUAUGUAGGUACCCCUUUGUAGGGCGAGGAGUGUGCACUUUAGAAAUGCCGGUUUGUUCGUUCGACCUAUCUUCAUGUCACUCAUAUUUUGUUUUUUUUAAAAAAGAUUCUCGACAAGAGAGCAGUUGGCGCCGCCGGCUUCCUUGGACAACACAUCUUUGAGCCUACUGGCACUGAAACUACUGGCAGUCUGGAGGUUGACCUGUUCUGCAAACCCAGCGGGAAGGAGGCGGGUGCAAGAAUGAAGGGCACCCUGUCGGUGUGUCUUAUGUCCGUGGACAAGGCGAACUUUAUGAAUAUCUGA